AUGUCCCUCGCAACAGCAGCAACCCAAACCCUCCUCCACCCCCAACGCUGGCCGACGUCCAUCUGGGUCCUCCUCCUCACGGGGCUCGCCUACGCCGUCGGCUUCCUCGCCUACCGCCCUUCGUUCCCGCGCAAUGCGCCCAAGGUGGUGCGCGGGUGGCCCGUCCUCGGCACGCCGCGCUUCUUCACGGACCGGGGGAAUUUCCUGGCCGAAGGGGCGCGGUCCGGGCGAUACGGCGCCCUCUUCAACGCGACCCCGCGCAUCGACGUUGCUAAAAACGGUACGCAGGCCGAAGAAGACAGCUUCGGCGCCAAAUUCAACCGCAACCUCGUCAAGCUCCUCCGCAAAGAGCUCCUCGACACGCGCCUCCCGCUGCUGAUCAAGGACACGCGCGACACGAUGGACGAACUCGCCGCCCGCAUCGGCAAGACUUCGACCAUCACGAACAUCGCCAGUUCAAAGACGGAGGGCAUCAGCGAUCCGUUCGAGGAUAUGUACCGCCUCGUCUUCAAGCUCACGAUGCGCAUGGUCGGCUGCGACGAGAUCGCCGAGGACGAGGACCUCUUGCAGCGCGUGCUGCGGAUAUUCGAGGGGAUCGACGGCGCGAGCACGGCGACGAAAGUCAUGUUCCCCUGGAUGCCGACGGUGGGGCACCUGAGGCGGGUGUAUAGCGGUGCGCAGAUGUACAUGAUUCUGGAAAAGAUCAUCAAGGAGCGGAACGAUCGCGGGGUGCCCGGGAGCGAUGCGCUGCAGUAUCUCAUGGAGAACGGGGACAGCACGGUCGAGAUGGUUGCGUUUAUCGUGGGCGCGCUGUUUGCGGGGUUGAUCAACAGCGGGAUCAACGCCGCGUAUCUCUUGUGUUUCAUGGCGACGGAGGCGAGGUGGUAUGGGGAGGUGCAGAAGGAGGUGGACGGUGUGAUUGCGCGACACAGACGGUCCGAGGAGGAGACGGCGGAACAGAUCCUGGGGAGGCUUGAUAUGGAGACGUGGGAGGCCGAGUUUCCGAUGAUUGAUUUGGGGUUGAAGGAGACGAUUCGGCAUACGAUUACGGGGUGCGGGUUCCGGUAUAACGGGAGCGGGAAGGAUGUUGCUAUUGGUGGGAGCGGUGAGGUUGUGCCGAACGAUUCGUAUGUGGUGUAUCAUUUUGAUACCACGCACAUGGAUCCGGGCUUCUUCCCGGAGCCGUUGCGGUGGGAUCCGGCAAGGUAUUUGCCUGGGCGGGAGGAGGAUAAGAAGGAUCCGCAUGCGUUUAUUGGGUGGGGUGCUGGGAGGCAUCCGUGUCUUGGGAUGAGGUUUGCGAAAAUGGAAAUGGCUGUCACGACGGCGCUCUUCGUCGCAAGGUUCGACUACCACCUAGUGGACGCCAAGGGGAACAAGAUGGCGAGGGUGCCCGAGGACUCGGUGGAUCGGAACAAGCACUCUGCGUCCAAGCCAAGGGAGAAGAUGUUUUUGAAGUAUUCACUCAGGGCGUAG